UUCGCGGAGGAAAUACGAAAUUAUACGGGAGACAGUGCGCGUGUUUUUUUUUGUUUACGAAAAACGCGCGCGAAAUUUCGUAUAUUCGAAUUUUGUUUUGCGGGCGCGAUCGAUGACGUAGGACCGAAUGAUAGCUCGCAAUUUAUCGGGAAUGUCGUGAAAGGGGUUGAGCGGAUUUAGAAAAAAAAAAUGGAAACGGUGGACAAGGAAGACGCGUGGUUUUUGUUGUGAUGCGAUUGAAUCGAUCAAGAUGCGUCUAGGAAGCGUGUUGUUGGGGGCUACGACUGUCAUCGCAUUCAUCAACGUGUGUGUGGCCCAGCGAACAGAGGACCGCAAUCAGAAAAUCAAACGGAAAUACCCACUUAAGGUGCACAAUAUGUACCAAAGUCAAAUUGCCAACAAGACACGCGAAAAGUCGAUCGGCGAAUGGUCUGCUUGGAGCGACUGGAGUCUAUGUUCGAGGAGCUGUGGAGGCGGAAUAACUCAGCAAACGAGGCACUGCAUCAGCAGGCUUGCGGAUUCACGGUUCUUCAAACGGCAACGUCGAAGACGGCAAAACUUAAAGCCCUCUAAUGGAUGCAUAGGACUGUAUAAGAGGAUUCACCUUUGUAACACCCAGGACUGCCCAGUCGAACGUGAUUUUCGAUACGAACAAUGCUCUGCGUUCAACGUUCGGCCCUUCAAAGGCAAAACCUAUCAGUGGGAGCCGUUUUAUCAAGCCCAAGCGGAAUGUACCCUUAACUGCCGACCGGUUGGAAUGAGCUUCUAUGCGACCCUCAAUAAGACGGUAAUAGACGGCACCCCGUGUUUUCACCCCGUAACAUCGACUGGCAAAGCCGCCCCCAAGGGCACCAAGGGAGUGUGCAUCGACGGUUAUUGCAAGAGCGUGAACGCGCAAGGCGUAGUGGGCGGCAGCCCGGAAAACAACCAGGAAGAAUGUCCGGCUUGCCUCAAGGGAAUCUGUCAGACCGUCAAUGGUCUCUACAUGCGCCCGGACUUGCCGUCCGAUUACACGAUGGUAGCCCAACUUCCGGAAGGUGCCUGCGGAGUCCUCGUUCAGCAGCUGAAGCACACCAUGAACUAUCUCGCCCUGAAGUACGCCAAUGGAUCGUACCUAUUGAACGGUGAUAGGAAACUGGGCAGUAGUAGGCAUUUCCACGCGGCGGGCACGAGAUUCUCCUACAUCCACCAAGACGAUGGCUCUUUGGAGACAAUCAAGGCUUCGGGACCUUUGAACCACGCCAUCGACAUUAUGGUCGUUAACAACCAAGCGAAUCCUGGGAUUAAAUACGCCUACUCGAUACCGGUGGAUAACAACGUACCGAUGAUAGCACCGCCGCUGAUAAAACGUCCGGAUCCGCAGGCGCUGGAUUCCCGAAAACCGGAUCCGAUUUGGAUAAACAAUUCGACUUUCAAUAACCCCAGGGACGAACCCAGGGCACCGAUCGUAACCAGGAGGACGCGGUUGAGAAGGAAGUAUUUCCAUUGGAAGAUCACGGGACUGACACCUUGCACCAAGUCCUGCGGAGGAGGAACUCAGUCCUAUACGAGAGCAUGCUAUCGACAGAUAAACUCUCAGCACCAGAUCCCCGUACACGAGAGGAGAUGCGCUCAUCUCGAUCCCCCCUCCCUGGCUCCAAUCCAAUGUAACGUGGAUCCGUGUCCCGCCGCAUGGGGAGGUUUCUGGGGUACAUGCAGCGUCACGUGCGGUGAGGGGGUGCAACAAUUUGUACCACAAUGUCUGCAGAGCGUUAACGAAAAAUCGAUUGUGGUAAAUGACGUCCUGUGUCAAACACCGAAGCCUAUCGGUCAGACGAGGAGGUGCCAGGAGCGGGAGUGUGACUUUUACAGGACCAUCACCAACAACGAAUUGCCCGACGUCAAAAGCGCAAAGCCGGAGUGGACUGUGGGAUCUUGGUCGCCGUGUUCCGUGACAUGCGGUACCGGUCACAGAACCAGAUCGGUGAUUUGCCCUUCCGGCCUGUGCCAUCCCGAAGACAGACCUAUGCACGCGGAAUAUUGUAACAUGGGGUCGUGUGACGAAAGCAACAGAACUCCUAAAACUACCCCGCCCACGGCUACGGGACGUCACCGUAGCGGUCACAAUCGCACCGACUCGUUGUCGGCCUGGUUAGUGACGGAAUGGUCGCUCUGUUCGGAACAAUGUGGAACAGGUACCCAGUCUCGACAAGCUCUAUGCGACAGCGGUUCCUGCGAUUCGGACUCCAAACCCGAGACCGCCCGAGCUUGUUCGAGCGAGAAGCACUGCGACGCGAAGUGGUUCGCCGGUCCGUGGGGGGAAUGUGGGGACACGUGCAGCGGCCCAGCCAAACAGACGAGGGAAGUGUUGUGCGUUGCGAAAAUCAGGGGGGUGGCUCAUAUAACCAACGAAAUGACGUGCCCGAUGGCCCUCAAACCUCCAGAGGAGCAACCUUGCAGAGGGGCGUGUCCGGCGCAGUGGUUCGUAGGCGAGUGGGGAGGAUGUGAAGGUCAAUGCCCUUCGGGAGUGCAGAGACGGCGAGUGAGAUGCUUGGACGGGGAGAAAAGAGAUUCGAGUGAUUGCGUGGAGGAUAGGAUGCCGGUGACGAAGAGGGCGUGCGCAUGCGACGAGCCUCAGAAGGAUCAGACGCGAGACAGCUACAAACCGGUUCAGGACCAGCCGAUAGAUCAGUCGUGCGUGGACAGAAUCCCCAAAUGUCGUCUCGCCGUACAGGCUAGGCUGUGCCACUACCCCUACUAUACCAAAAACUGUUGCGAUUCCUGCAAGAAGUCGCAGCAGGAUUUUUUCGAAUGAUCUUCCCGAGGUGACUGUUCGGAUCCCAAGGACCGGUUUAAGCCGGUAGUGACGCAAUGACGAGAACGACUGAUAGUUUAGUGAUCGAUUAACGCUGAAGCAUUUUAUUUAAAACGUACGUGGUUUCUUAUCCCGCGCGGGGAUGCGAAUCUUGGAUGUUCCGUUACCAAUUUGGUCAAAGAAGUAAAAUAUUAGGCGCGUCCGGUCUCCCCAGAGUUAUAAAAGAGUAAUAGUAUAAUUGCCCGUUGAAGUCAACUGAACCCUUAAUAAUUAAUGUCCACUGCGUAUUGGUGGUAAUAUACGAGGGUUGCCUUUUAAGAUUUUACAAAAAGUGAAACUGAAAUGAACAGGUUCGAAACAAAGUAUUUCAUUGAUUUUCCUAUUCUAUCUAUUCUGUAAACACUUUUUCCACUCUGAAGCUAAUAUCACAAAAACAUGGUCUUGAAAAGCCUCAACAGUUUCUGAAGUUGAUGGAAAUGACUAUCCGCGCUUCUUUGGUUUGGCAUUGAGAACAAGAAACAGUCAUUAGGCGAUAAAUCCGGUUUUUGGUUCUUUGAUCAUAUAAAAAAAAAAUUCAACGUAACCAUUUUUGCACAACCUUGCUUCUUCUUUACUCAGUCAAUUUCUAAACUGCCAUUGGCCUCGCAAUAACAAACAUCAAUCUUCACAAAUACGGUGGCGUCACAACCCAUUAACGCCACCUAUUGUUCGAUUGUAAAAACUUAAAAGGCAACCCUCGUAUUUACAUUAAUCUGCAUAUCUUUUACACGAGCUAUAUUAGCAUUGGAGUCAUAUUUUCGAUAUUUUAUUACUCACUUAUAACUCGGGGGCGACUAUACAUCGCAAACUGGUUUUGUUUGGUUUAUUAGGCAAACAGGUGUUCAAACAUAGCCUGCAAAUAUUUCUUUCGAAACAGGAUAGUCCAUAAUUCCGAAUUGUUUGUAAAAUUCCUACGCAUGCAUUUAUAAUAGAGCAUCGAACAACUCUCUCCGAUUAUUUUUCAACACCCUCCCUAAUAAGCUGCAAGCACUUAUUAAUUAAACCUUAAUUUAUUUGUAAUAAUUAUGACGACCAUCAUAACCGUCAAGAUAUAGCACUUAGCAGUGGCGACUUAACUAAUCUAAUGUAAGGAGUAGUGAAGUAGGGUCUUCCGCCGAUUUUCAAAUCUGGAAAAGUAUUUCCGAAAUCUCUCGUCACAAAAAUGACCAAUACUCGACGCGAUAUCGCCGCACAUCAAAAACGUUCUUUAAAAUGUAACGAAAAUUAUUGCUGAUUAAUUUUUAUGAAUGUCUGUGAUUGUUCCCUCGAUAGGCCUAUGAGAAGCGAACGGUAGUUUUUUUUAAGCUCUAACCCCGCUUUAACCAUAAGCACUGCCAAAAUUUAGAAUUAUUUAAUUAAAGUUUCGGAAAGGUAGUUACUUACGCGUGAAUCUGUUUAUAUUAUUGUUCUAGAUAUUUAUGGUAAAUUUAUAUUACGAAAAACACGGAAAAUGAGUAUUAUAUUAUUAGAAUGUACGGUAUGUAUUUAUAUAUAAAAAAAAAUCGAAAUAAAAUGUGAA